CUAAAUUGUUCAAAGGCAGGGUUUUUAUUUUCAAAGAUCCUUUUAUUUAUAUCCCAAAGGACGAGUUUCUUUUUCUUAACAAAUUUUUCAUAACUAUAACUAUGAAUCUGAAAAACCGCAACAGGGAUGUUCGUGCGCCUACAAUUACCGCUUCAAAGGCUUGUAUCUUACACUUUCAAGAGCACUAUUAUGGCAUUAUGUGCUAUCUGGAUAUAACAUCGUUAUUUGUCUUGCAUGGUGAUCACUUGCAACAGCACGCGGUUGACCCCCCGACCAUCAUCCUGGUGCAGAAUGUGGUGCUGCGCCUGAAUGCCCAUAUUCUUACUCUCCAUGCCUAUAUAGUCAACCUCAUUACUAUGACCAAGUCGUGGAAAAAGGCAGUAGAGAAGGGAAGAGGAAAAGAAGAGAAUAUGGAAGUUGCUGGAAUAGACAUGAUCUUUCUGGAUAUACCUGAUACAAGUGGUGUUGCUGAGCCAGAGAUCUUUUAUCCGACCUUCAGGUCUCUGCUGCGUCAUUCAUAUCAUGAAUGCCUCAGUCUAUUAUGUCCAUUGGAUCUAUCUUAGUAUUAUUUGGCUUAGGAUAAAAUAUGUAUGGAACAUGCUAUAGCAUUGGACUCUAUUAU